AUGACCAUGUAUCUGGAAGGGGUCAGACAGGCCUCAGCAUUUAUUACAUGGGUGAAAAGAACAGGACCCAGUACUGUUUUAAUCAGCUCUACUGAUCAGGCUGAAGCCAUCAUACAUGCUGAUGAUUUGGCAGUGAUUGGCUUUUUUAAAGAACAUCACAAUGACAGCGUGGAGGUUUUCUGUGAGACAGCAAGAGAUGUGCCAGAGAGGCUUUUCAGGAUAACAGCCAGCGAGGACGUCUAUGCUAACUAUGGCAUCCAGAAGAACAUCUGUGUUGUGUUUAGGAAGGGAAAAACUGUGCAUAAUGAAGUGCUUGAAGAUGGGAGACAGAACAAACUGGAUCUAACGAGGAUACUAAAAAACUUUACCUUGGAUUUGGUCACUGAAGAUGAUCCUGAGACAUCUGUGAAGAUUUUUGAUGUCCCUGUUGAAAAACACAUCCUGCUGUUCACCCCAACGAACUCAGAGACUUUCAAUGGGCUUCAUGAAAACUACAAGUCUGCUGCUGCAGAAUUGAAAGGUUCCCGUGUUUCUGUUUCUGCUCAGCUACACCUCCCUAGUGAAGAAAUUCUAGAGGUCUGGAACAAGAUGCUUGUCAAAGUGCUUGUUGGGAAGAAUUUCAACAGGAUUGUCUUUAAUAAGACCAUGACUGUGUUUGCUAUGUUUUGUAUGACUAUAGCCUCUCAAACGCUGGAUCCUUCAGAAGGAAUCAAAGAGGAUCUCAGCUAAAAAGAAACUGUAAUAACAGAGAAAGAACUUCAAUAG